AUCUCCCCCUCUUUUUUCUGUCAAGCAGAGUCAUUCUUGGAAAGUCCUAACACACUUUCAGAGCCCAUAAUUUCUUCCUUCGCACAGAGAAUCGGUGCGAGUCGCAGAAGAGCAAAAUGGCGGAGGAAUUACAGGACAACGAUGCUCCGAAUGAAGAGGCCAUGGAUGUAGAUGUUGGUAUAGAGACGAAGAUUCAGAACGCUAUGCUCUCUCGCGUCUCUCACUUCAAGGAACAAGCCGACUCUUUAACUUUUGAGGGGGUUAGAAGAUUGUUAGAAAAGGACUUGUGUAUGGAGACGUACGCUUUAGAUGUGCAUAAAAGAUACAUCAAGCAGUGUUUGGUGAAGUGCUUAGAAGGUGUGGAGGAAGACAAUGCCUCAAAGUCUUCUGAGGAGACUGGGGGGAAAAGUGUGAGUAGAGGAGAAGCUGCUGAGUCACUUGAAGGGCAUCAGUCCAAGAAAGGUGCAAAGGAACCUUGCUUGGAAGAUGAGGAGAAAAUGGAAGACUCUCCAGUUAUGGGCCUUCUCGCAGGACAUAAAACAAAAAAUGUUGAAUCUGACAAAAUCAAAGGAAUCAAAGACAAAGAUGACAAAGAUAUUCCUACUGAGAGUACAAUUAAGAAAGCUAUUAGAAAAAGAACUCCUUAUCUUAAAGCUAAUUCGGAGAAAGUUACUAUGGCUGGAGUUCGCCGCCUUCUUGAGGAUGACCUUAAACUUACUAAAUAUGCUCUCGAUGGUUGUAAGAAGUUUAUAAGCCAACAAGUAGAGGAGAUAUUGAAUUCUUGUGAAGCUGCUGAGGAAGUGUCUAAUGAAAAGAAAGGUUCUCGUUUGAAAACUCCCAAAAAGGUAAGCAAAGAAAGCUCUCAUUCUACAGAAGGGGGGAGCAGCAGUGAGGAGGAAAGCGAUGAAGUAAAGCCUGUAAAGAAAAAUGUAACUAAAGGAAGAAUAUCAAACUCUAAUGAAACGAAAAAGCGGAAAAGAUCUACAAAGGAGAUUGUCUCUGCCAAGAAGCAAAGAAAGCAUGUCCAGCACACAUCGGAGGAGGAUAGUGAUGAAGAAGGUGGUGAGAAUGUCUCUGAAGAUGGCCAUUCUGAAUCAUCCAAUGAAAAACCUGUGAAGAAAGAAGUUUCAACUCCUGUCUAUGGCAAGCGUGUGGAGCACUUGAAAUCGGUUAUCAAAUCAUGUGGGAUGAGUGUUCCUCCAUCAAUUUAUAAGAAAGUGAAGCAGGCACCUGAAAGCAAACGUGAAUCACAACUUAUAAAAGAGUUGGAGGGGAUACUAUCCAGAGAAGGAUUGUCUGCUAAUCCCACGGAAAAAGAAAUUAAGGAUGUCAAGAAGAAGAAGGAAAGGGCCAAAGAGCUUGAAGGCAUUGACUUAAGUAACAUUGUCUCAAGUUCUCGUAGAAGAUCCACAUCCAGUUAUGUAGCACCACCUCCAAAACCAAAAAUACCAGUUAAAACUGAAGGUGAUGAUGUUGAUGAUACUGAUGAUGAGGAGGAGGAGGAUGAUGAUGAUGAUGAUGAUGAGGACGGCGAAGAGGAGGACGAUGAAGAGGAUAAUGGUGAUGUUGAUGAAAGCCAAGGUGAAGAAGAAUUCAAUGAGGAUGAUAAUGAAGACAGUGAUUGAAACCCAAAGGAGCAUUCAAGAUUCUCGCGUCUGGUCCUUGAUCAGCGUAGCAACGAACCAGAGUAAACUUAUUUUCUACGUAGUUUCCCUUUGUCUUUAGUUAAAUUGGAGAGUUUGUAGUCAGCGAUGUUAGAGCUAUAUCUAGGAGAUUGGACGUAGUAUUACUGUACAAUAUUUUUUACUCUUCAUGAUAAAGACGAAAUAAAAGGAAACUUAUAUAAUUUUGAUUUAUCCUUCGUUUCAAA